GAGAGAGAGAGAGAGGGAGAGGGAGAGGGAGAGGCAUACAGAGAGAGGAGUGUGCUUUGAGUGUGUGGAUGUACUCGCCUGCCUCGCUGACUGACUGUGUGUGUGUUUGUGUGUGACAGAACGAGGGGAAAUCGCGUGGAUACUACUCCACAGGACUGGAUGCGCUUGGCGUCACGAGAGGAGAUCUCACACACACACACACACACACCCACAAAGAAAAAAAAGAGAGCGCGCCGGACACACAAACUGCUGACUGAACUGCAGGCAGACGCCGGGGCAGAGUGCGGAGGAGUAAGCAGACAAGACAGAGCUCACGAGACCUGACUGAUAGCGCCCAUGGCGAGCAAUAACACGGCCAGCAUCGCACAAGCCAGGAAGCUGGUGGAGCAGCUGAAGAUGGAGGCCAACAUCGACAGGAUAAAGGUGUCAAAAGCAGCGGCAGACUUAAUGUCAUACUGCGAAGCCCAUGCCAAAGAGGACCCUCUGCUAUCGCCGGUGCCAGCGUCAGAGAACCCGUUCAGGGAGAAGAAGUUCUUCUGUGCCAUCCUGUAAACCCAGCAUGGCCCUUCAGCAGUCUGCUCAGUGUGGGACUUUGAACGUGGACGUUCAAAAUACGUAGAAAUCUUCUAGUAGGAGGGCACGGUCCCUUUCUCGAACGGCACCUAAAGAAGUGCAAAAAUUAAAACCACAGAGUUUAACGUGUAACCAUUAAAGGGGUUGUGAUUGCUUUGUUGAGGGGUGUUGCAGCAUGUUGAAGGGGUCUGUGCUUUUAGAUGACACAAAAGGGAUGAUGAGUAGGAUGAAGAGUAUGAUGAUAACCCAGAGACGUGAUGGACAAACAACCAGUCAACCUAACAAGUCUUCAGGUUGUGAUGUGUACAAAACAAAACAAAAAAAAUUAAUAGAUAAAAU